AUGAGAACGAGAAAUGCAAAUGCGAUUCUUGAAUUUACCAACUCCCCACCACCACAACCAAACCCAUUCUCCCCCACCUUCACCAUGAAGCGCAACAUCGUCAUCUUCCUCAUCAUCCUGAUCCUCUUCAUCCUCAUCGGCGCGAUCGCAUACGCCCUCUACUACCUGCAAACCCGCAUGUCAGUCGCAAACGGGACGUCUUCGAGCGUGAGUGAGAUGACGGAGGACGUGUGA